AAGCAAGAUGGCGAAGAUUCCAGUCGUUUUGCAACUAGAUACGGGAGAAGGAGAUGGUAGAAAGCCGACGCAAAGGAAACUCAUGAAGACAAUACCAGACAACCCAGACGACGUUGUGUCGCUCCUGAUCAACAACUUUCACCUGGACCCCUACACAUGGAUCGGCGUCAAAACCGAGACACAGUCGGUGAUCCUGAUGCGGCUGGCAGAGCGAGGAAUGGUACAGCUGGUGACCACUGCCAUCACACAGACCAAGAUUCUCAAGGAGAUGAUGCCGUCUGCCGAAGAGAGCAUCGCCAAGAGCCGCCAGUUUCUUGAUGACGUGCUCAGGACCAUCUCCACCAUGUCCACCUACCUCCCCGCGGCCAAGAAGCUCGGCCAGUUCUUCACUGAACUCCUGCCAUCAUUCGAAGAAGUUCUCGCUCGCACGGCAAAACAAAUCAGAAAGAAGGGAGAAGUCGAAAAGGCGUACAGAGAUUUUCCCUUCAGGGCGCUCCAUAAUAUACUCGUGGCGGCGACACGAAAAGACGUCCUGCAGCCAUUUUGCCGUUCUAAAUGUUAUGACUUGCUUCUGGACACGUUGCACGGAACGAAUCCCGUGACGUUGUACUACACUUACAGAAUCCUUCACUACACAGUAGAGAUGGGCAGCGACAAGGAAAAGAACACGUUUAAGGAAAAAGGGACGGAUUCAAACUACUUCGAGAUGAACGCAAGACUGUUAAGGGGUUCCGACGAUGUGGGGGAAGCGCGACGGUUGCUCUUCAUCGCCGAACUGCUCAAGGUUGAAAUAAAAAAACCAGGGCAUCCCUCGGAGUACUUCAAGUUUCUUCCCAAACCAAAGAGACUGAUAACAGAAGGGCCACACGUGGAACAAGGCCUGGUGUGUCACAUAGCGGCCGUGCCUGUGAUAUGCUCUCGGAUGGACUGUAGAAAAACAGAUAGCGAUUCGGGGAAGCCACUGAAAGCCUGUGCCAGGUGCCUGUUGGCUCGGUACUGUAGUGUGGAAUGUCAGACGCUACACUGGAAGAAUGGGCAUAAAGAAGAGUGCUUCACAAAGGAAGAUCUGCUGAAGAAAGUCUCCUAA